CACCAAAGAGAGCUGGUGGAGGGAAGGAGGCUGCCUCAUGCCGCCGAGGUAUAUCGGGAAUUAAAAACCUGACGUCCAGCGGACUCUGUCGGAAUUAUAACACAACACAAUGCAUCUCUUUGGGAUGUGGAUGCUGAUGGCGGCUCUGCAGGUUGGUGUUCUGGGUGGACAACACAAGCGCUUGUCAAGUAAGCAGGGCUUGUUGCCAUGCACGAGGGGCUUUACUCAGGAGGAAUACAGCAUCGAAAUGGACCAAGAGCCAGCAAAGGGACAGGCCGUCUUCAACGUGAGCUUCAUUGACUGCGGUAGAGGUAAGGUGUGGUUCGAGGUUGGAGAUUCGUCUGACUUAAGAGUGAGUGAGGAUGGUGUGGUCUACACCCUGCGCCGCCUCAGCCUGGUGGGAAAGGGAAAAUCUGUGGAGAGGGUCUAUGCUCGAGACCCACAGUCCAAACAGGUCUGGAAGACCAGAGUGCAUCUCCACGUCCAUCCAAAUGGCAACAGCACAAGACCUGAACAGGUAAAACCCAGUGAUGCAACACUGACUCAGCGGGUACCAGAGAUCUUGUUUCCAUGGCGCAGCUUGGUUGUCAGGGGUGAUGGCACUCUGCGGCGGGUGAAGAGGGACUGGGUCAUCCCGCCUAUCAACGUUCCCGAGAACUCACGAGGACAGUUCCCAGAGGACCUUGUCAGAAUCCGCUCAGACCGUGACAAGAACCGAAUGUUGCGUUACAGUGUGACGGGCCCCGGAGCCGACCAGCCUCCGACCGGCAUCUUCAUCAUCAAUCCAAUCUCGGGCCAGUUGUCUGUCACCAAGCCCCUGGACAGAGAACACAUCUCCAAUUUCCAUUUGAGAGCCCAUGCAGUGGACCUGAAUGGGAAUCAGGUGGAGAAUCCCAUCGACAUUGUCAUAAAUGUCAUUGACCAGAACGACAACAGACCUGAGUUCACACACACCAUCUUCAACGGCUCUGUACCAGAGGGAUCCAAGCCUGGAUCCUUCGUGAUGACAGUGACAGCAGUGGACAAGGAUGAUCCAAAAACUGCUAAUGGGAUGCUAAGAUAUAAGAUCCUCUCCCAGAAUCCCCAGAGCCCCUCUUCCAACAUAUUCACCAUUAACAACAAGACUGGUGACAUCAUCACUGUGGCAGCGGGCCUUGAUCGGGAGAAAGUCACCCAGUACACCCUGAUCAUCCAGGCUACGGACAUGGAAGGAAAUCCCACCUAUGGCCUGUCCAACACUGCCACCACUGUCAUCAGGAUCACUGAUGUCAACGACAAUCCCCCUGAAUUCACUACAGAUACAUUCUUUGGGGAGAUUCAUGAGAACAGGUUGAAUGUGAUCAUUACUAACCUGACUGUGACAGAUAAAGACCAGCCUCACACUUCAGCCUGGAGCGCUGUGUUCCGUAUCAUCGCUGGAGACCCCACCGGACGCUUCUCCAUCCCCACUGACCCCACCACCAACGAAGGCCUGCUCACUGUGGUCAAGCCAAUAGAUUUUGAGCUAACUCGUUCCUUCAUGCUGACGGUGGAGGCAGAGAAUGAGGUCCCGCUGGCUCGUGGCAUCCACCUGCCUCGUCAGUCUACAGCAACCGUCUCUGUACGAAUCUUGGACAUCAACGAGAGUCCAGAGUUCAGCCCCAAUCCCAAGUCCAUCAAAUUGGAGGAGGGUCUGCCUGCAGGGUCUCUGCUCACCACCUUUACUGCCCAGGACCCUGACCGCUUCUUGAGACAAACUGUCCGGUACUCCAAGAUGUACGACCCUGCUAACUGGCUGGAGAUUGACCCAGUUAGUGGUCGGAUUUCCACCAUCGCCAUCCUUGACCGAGAGUCUCCCUACGUCAAGAACAACCUCUACAACGUUACAUUCAUGGCCUCUGAUAAUGGUAUCCCGCCUACCAGUGGGACAGGCACCCUACAGAUGUACCUGCUAGACAUCAAUGACAAUGCACCUCAUGUGUUCCCUCCUGAGGUGGAAAUGUGUGAGAAGCCAGAUCCAAACGCCAUCAACAUCACAGCCAGUGACCCAGACCUGACCCCUAACGCUGGACCCUUUGCCUUCGAGCUAGCAACUCGUCCAUCAAACAUACGCCGCAACUGGACGCUCAGUCGCGUCAAUGGAGAGUACGCCCAGCUCAGACUGAGGAUUGGCUCCCUGGCAAGUGGGAUCUACGAGGUUCCCAUCAUGAUCACAGACUCUGGAAACCUGCCUAUGUCUAAUAUGUCCCACUUGAGAGUAAAGGUCUGCCACUGUGAUCACCAUGGAGACUGUGUGGACAUGGAGCGAAUCAUCGCCGCUGGACUAGGCACCGGAGCCAUCAUUGCCAUCCUUAUCUGUAUCAUCAUACUAUUAGUGCUGGUGCUGCUGUUUGUGAUGUGGAUGAAGAGGAGAGAUAAGGAGCGUCAGGCCAAGCAGCUCCUUAUUGACCCAGAGGAUGAUGUCCGAGACAACAUCCUUAAAUAUGAUGAGGAGGGAGGAGGAGAGGAGGACCAGGACUAUGAUCUUAGUCAGCUGCAGCAGCCUGAUGCCCUGGAGCCAGAGUGUAUUAAGGUGGGGAUCAGACGUCUGGAUGAGAGGCCUCUUCAUCAUGAUCACCAGUACCCCCUCCGUUCUGCUGCCCCCCACCCAGGAGAUAUAGGAGACUUCAUCCAUGAGGGCCUGAAGGCAGCAGACAACGACCCCACCGCUCCCCCCUACGACUCCCUGCUUGUGUUUGACUAUGAGGGCAGUGGCUCCACUGCGGGCUCUCUCAGCUCCCUGCACUCCUCUUCAAGCUGCGGAGACCAGGACUAUGACUACCUCGGCGACUGGGGACCACGCUUCCGCAAGCUGGCUGACCUGUACGGUGGAGGGGAUGAUUAGCCCCCCCAAUCCCUACCCACAACAACCACCCUCUCCACCUCACCUUGCCCCAAAGCUCAGGUGGGAUGGGUAGGGUUAAGAAAAGAGGAUGUGGCAUAAAUAUAGGGUAUGGAUUGGCACUUAUGUAUUACCACUGGACAGCUUAUAAGGAGACUUGCUGCCCCUUGAUGACAGUUGAAGACACUUGGGACCAUUCUGACUCCCGGCCUAGCAAGGCCUGGCACCGGCUAGCAUUCAGGCUAAUGGACAUUCAGUGUUAGCCCUUAUGCUAACAAAUGUGAGCUGCCAGAGCAAUGCGCUCUGAGGGGAUGUCGUCUCUAUGAUGGUUAAGAGCUACAACAGCCAUGCUACAAACGCUCAUUUACACUUGAAUCUCACAGUACAGGAACACUGGGGUCAAAUGUGCCUUUUUGUACAUUCUUUUGAUUGUGUUCAGUGUAGAGAUACAUUGCUUUAAAGCUCCCAACAGCAACUGGAGGAGCACUUCACCAUGAUAAUGAGUGUGUGUGUGCGCGUGCGUGCGUGCGUGCGUGCAUGCGUGAGAGUGUGUGUGAGUCAUUUCCACAGAGAUACACUGGAUGGACAGUCUAAAGGGCAAAGCCUAUUAACAGAUGCCUUGGAUGAUCUGAUCAGCAAAAAUAUGGCUUUACUGUACGGCUCUGGGUGUUGAAGGUUUUAUUUUUCAAUCUGAUUCAGUCAGAAAAUGCCACUUACACCUCCAGUAUGUGGCAGUGUGUAGAGCUUAAUCAAUCACAGAGGUUAGCAAAAUUAAAUAUACAUAUACUCACACUACUUCACUGCUCACUGAUGUCUCCUCUGACCAAAAGCUUCAUUAAAGCUGGUGUCACUUUCUAUAUGAGGCAGUAAAACACCUUUGUGUGUAACUCGGCAGAUAUAUUUCUUACUUUUUGAAGCGCAUGUCUGUAUGCAUAAACAGCAGGAUCAUUUCACCACAUUGCUCUGGUAUUAAUGUGACUGACUACCAGUGUUAACAAAACCAGCCAAGAUCUAAAGUUUGAAUUUCCUCUCUGCUCUCCCACACUGAUUUUUCUCUGCAACGACUGAUCAUUCAACAUCACAUCAUGUCAAAGCUUUGAUUGAAUUGCCAUCAAGAAUUCCAAUCUUUCCUCUGUAUUGUGUCGAUCUGCAGCAGAACGGUGAAGGACCAGCGUGUGAAACAAAGGCUGAAAUGCCACUAUCCAAACUGCUAGUUCCACUUCUGCUAAUAAAUCUUUUUAACACUUAGGGUGAAAAAUGUGGAAUGUUUUAGAUAUGCUGACGUAAUGUACCCGUUUUAGUACAUUUUGCUGUGAAAAGCAACGCACCGAAAUUCUUACAUAUGUUUAUUUCCACAUAAAUCAUGAGCCACUAAAGAAGCAGUCCAUUAAGGAGACAGGUUGGGGUGAUGAAUGUGUCAGAAAACAAAGGAUUUUACCCCAGGAGACUGCUGUUCAGAACCAUGUGAACUUUGAGUCAUUUUAAGGUAUGUCCUCACCAUGUUUUUUCCCUACACCUAACCACAUUCAUUUUAUUUGCUGAAAUGUAACCUGUGUAACUUUAAUAACAGAACUUUAUAUUAAGUAUGUAAUCCAUGUCAUUCGUCGGGCUCUAAUUCGUAGGAUAUCAUCAGAAUCAGAAUCAGAGAUUCUUUGUUGAUCCCUGGGGGGAAAUUGUUGGCUUUACAAGUGCUCCUUAGAAGAGUAGAAAGAUAUAUCGUAUUGGGCAAUUCGAAGUGAAAAUAUAACAAAAUCUAACGAGAUUAUUUACAAAAAUAUAUAUAGUAACCUAAAGUCUACAAUUGUAAAAAUAUGGGUCCCUGAAGAAAAAGGUUGGGAACCACUGGUAUACCACUGGUCCUCUACAAUGUCCACACUGACACCCUGGAUGGAAACAGGGGUCACCAGUGUCUUGGUCCUCCUCAGAUCCACAGUCAGUUCCCUUGUCUUUGCCACGUUGAGCUGCACAUGGUUCUGCUCACACCAUGUGACAAAGUUAUCCACAACAGCCCUGUACUCAUCCUCAUCACCCUUGCUGAUAAGUCCAUCUAUGGCCAUGGUCAUCAGAAAACUUCUGAAGAUGGCAGGUCUCAGUGCAAUAGCUGAAGUCCAUGGUGUAGAGGGUGAAGAGGAAGGGAGAGAGGACAGUCCCCUGCGGGGCCCCAGUAUUGCUAACCACUCUGUCUGACACACAGUGUUGCAAGCGCACAUACUGUGGUCUGCCAGUCAAGUAGUCUACACCAGGGGGGCAUCCACCUGCAUUUCUGUCAGCUUGUCACCUAGUCAAGCUGGAUGGAUGGCAUUGAACACACUAGAGAAGUCAAAAAACAUGACCCUCACAGUGCUCGCCGGCUUGUCCAGGUGGGUGUAGACGUGGUUGAGCAGGUAGAUGAUGAUGUCCUCCACUCCAAGUUGGGGCUGAUAAGUGAACUGGAGGGGUUCCAAGAGUGGCUUGACCAUGGGCCGGAGCUGCUCCAGGAUGAGUCUCUCCAGGGACUUCAUGAUGUGGGAGGUCAAUGCCACGGGUCUGUAGUCCUUGGAGCCACUGGGAUGCAGCGUCUUUGGCAUAGGAACGAGGCAGGAUGUCUUCCACAGCAUGGGGACCCUCUGGAGACUCAGGCUCAUGUUGAAGACAUGCUGAAGUACUCUACAUAGCUGGGGGGCACAGGCAACAGGGCCAGAAGUGUCAGAUCUGUAAAAAAACAGAUUCAGUUCAUUGGCCCCGUCCACGCUGCCUUCAGCUCCUCUGUUGUUGUUGGUCCUGAAGCCAGUGAUGGUCCUCAUGCCACUCCAGACCUCUCUCAUGUCGUUCUGCUGGAGUUUCCACUCCAGCUUCCUCCUGUACCUCUCCUUAGCCUCCUUGAUCUUAACCUUCAGUUCCCCCUGUAUUGUUCUCAUACGCACCCUUGUAUAUGCAUUUUUGGAGGAUGUCCUACCGUUGUAGAAGAUGCUUUGAAUAGUUGUAUAUGUUGCAGCAUUUUUCUUUUUUAUUUUGAACCAUUUGGAAUAAUUUUUGCCACAGUAGCAGACCAGGCAUCCAACAGUUCUGGUUCAGGUCUAGAGCAGGUUAUUUUGGCAAUUUCACACCACUUUUUUAUGACAUUUUACAUCAAUAUUAAUGGUUAUCAGAGGAUGAGUUCAAAGAUGAAAAGUUCAACAGUAAAAAAAAAGGUACAGACUAAAAAUGAAAUCACAUUUAUUUUUUAUAUCUCUUACAUGCCAUGUAAUGUUUACAACAAAGUUUUACUAAAUCUGUUAGUAUUUAGUCUGACUUCCCCACCAUUCCAGACGGUAGAAUGUUAUGGCAGUUGCUAUUAAAUGGAAAUAAAAUCAAGACUACAAAUUAGGGAUGGGGGAAGAAAAUAAAUAAGUAUUACAGUAUGCAAUCACUGGGCACUGCGCCGCCAUAAAUAUCCCACAAAAGAUUACUAUGAGCAACAACAGAUGGAAACAAUCCGACUGGUUUAAAAGUUUGGGUAUGGAAGCAUUUUGGUUAUAAAUUUGGUGGGAAAAGGGAACUAUACAAGAACCAGAUGGUAUAAAUUCAUAUUUUGAUUUAAUUAUGCACGACUACAAACACAGUAUGCUAUGCUUUAAAAGUAGCAAGUAGUCUCACAGUCAGAAAAAAUAAAUCAUGUAUAGAAAUCAAAACUUUUAUUGCAGCAUGAUACAUCGAUAAUUGUUUUAUCAUGCAAUAGUUGCCCUCUGAAUUGUAAUCAGAUCUAAUCAUGAGGUGCCUGGGGAUACUCACCCAUACAAGAAAUCCAUGUUAGGUUGCUAUGCCAUUGCACAAACAUGGCACACAGUGUAAGGCAAAAGGAAUCUAUCAAUGUUUGAGUCAGAUGAACUUUGAAUGACUGGAAUUGAAAAGUAUUACAGAGCAGCUGCAUCAUGUUCAACCCAACAAUAAGACAAACUGGAGGGUUUGUUUGCGUUGAACACUGGUUGAGUCAGUGCACCUGAGAAAUUAACCAAAUUUUGCUUCAUGUACACCGAAAAAGUUCAACAGUCAACACCAGCUCCGUAUUUCACUUUGUAUUUGGCGGAGGGGGGAGAUCACUGGACAAGGUCAACAUGAUGUUUAGCACUACAUGUCAAAGGCUCCGACUGUACCAGUGAAAUAUGUGUAGGCAACACAAUAUAUUAUUAUUACCAUACUGGCCCUAAUGUAAGAUGACCCUGAUAAUAAGAUGACACCUGUUUUUGAAUUUAUGGAAAGUUUACCCAAAAUACUCGCAGUUAAAUAUGGAAUUUUUCCAAUAAUGUUUGUAAUGUAGGCUUGGUAAAUAUGUGUUCCGGUUCAGUAAGUUCUUCAUUCUUUGGAGCAGAAUAUUCUCACACUCUGCUGGUCAGAUUGUUUUCUCUAACAGCUGACAUGAUGCAGACAGUCUCUGAGCUCCUCAUUAUGAAAUUCUGUGACAGUGGUAAAUCUUGGCCGAUACACUACAGAUUCACUCCCAGGUCCGUUUCUGCAGUAAAUACGUCCAGAGAUUUCCACUGGUUUGACACAUUAAAAGGCCAAAACACAACGAUGGCAUAUGUCGUGCAUCAAAAAAUAUACUUAUAUUAGUGUCAAUGCACAACCUUACACCGGUGGCAGCAAGACGCCCCACAGCACUUUACACCACUGUCAUUUUAUCAAUCCUCACCUGGAAUUCAAUACAUUUUUCCCCCACUCGCCCUCUGCUUGUACAUACCAGUUCCCAUGAGCAUACCUGCUCCUCUGGCAGCUCGACACUCCUCUCCUCACCAUGGAUGUAUAAUUGGAUGUACUAUAUUGAUGUUGCUGUGUUUAAUGUGUGACGAAGAAUGAUUAGGAGAAACUUGUGGUUGAGGUUGAGAAAUAUCCCAAGCUAAAGCAUCCACAAUCCCAAAAUUAUAAAGACAAUGGCCAAAAAGACACUUCCUGGUGAGUUAUAGCUCUGGCGAUUUGCUCUUUAGGUGAGAAAUUAAUUUUAAUCAGGGG